AAACGUUUCUCGCUGUUUGAGAAAGAAAAUGACCGACUCACAUUCGGAGCGUUUCGAUGGAAUGCUGCUUGCAAUAGCUCAGCAGUGCGAAGGGGGUAUCAACGAGGUAUGGUAUGUUACAUGUAAGCUUAUGCAUGGAUCUAGCGAAUAAGACUCUGAGCUGUUUAAUACCGCAACUUGCUGUGAGCUGGGUGAGAAAUUAAUGCAAUGAUUUUCCGUUGUUUUUUAAAGAUCUUAAGAUUUUUCAAAGAGCUAAACUUCAGAAUACCCAUCCACUUACUUUGCAUCUCGCUGAAUAACAAAAGCGCCGUACUGUUCUAGAUCUAUGCCUCGUUCUUUAAAGCUUUCUACGUCUUUCUGACAAUCACUGGCGAUGUGUUCUGGAGUUGCUGCAACCGUGAAUGUUAAUAUGUAACUUGGUACAAGAAAACGAGAAACGUCUUUCUUGAUGCCUGAAAUUUGCAAAAAAAGAUUUUCUAAAGUUGGAAGGUGGCGAACUUCAGUAUAAUUGUACAAUAACUGAGCAACAUUGUCCUAGUGUGGUUAAAUUGGGAUUUUUGAAUCCCCUGCAAAGCUACACUGUACUCAAAGUUCUCCAACUUAUACUCAGUAAAAGCAGCAAGAAUGCAUGUAAGGGGCUCCAUUUAUCAGCAGAAGAAUAAAACUACGAUGCUUGAUUUUGCAUAAUUACAAGGCAUGAUACUAUAUAAAUGAGUGAAAAGUGGCGGAUGAGUGGGCAAGAGACCUCUUUACAUGAUAUGAACAUUUAAACAGUAAACUAGCUAGGACAUCAGCACACAAGGGUGCCACUAGUAUACAUUGUAUACCUCUUAGAAAUCAAUGUUGAUGGGGAAGGGGUGAAAAAGCAGCAUUAUUGUUGUAGGCUAGAACGGUCAUGUUGUGGCUAUCGUCUUUAUGGCCUUGAAUUUUUUGCAUAGACGUAUAAGAUACUACAGUUACGGACACUGAGGGGGCCACAGAAAGUGUCUGUAUUAACAGGCUGUCCAUAUUAAGCAGAUUGAAGGACUCUCUUUCCCGGGGACAGUGCAAUGCUGCAGUGUAUUACACAGGUGCCCUGAAAGCGGGAUUGGACUGUACUGGUUUUCUGGUGUAUGUUAUAUCCCCAGGCACAAUAUUCGUGAUAAACAGUGAUCAGUUCCCGGUUGUUCGAACGUUGGAUAGUACUAUCCACCGGAUAAAUCACUAUCCAGUGGAUAAGUACUAGGGAAACCAAUUGCGUUAUCCAGUGGAUAGAUUUUUAUCUGGUGGAUAGUGCUAUCCAACGCUUGAACAACCAGGAUCUGGUAUUUAGUUUGGCUUUGUUGAAAGUGACUACAUUAGAAAAUGUUUCUUUGCAGCUGCUGGAUGUUUUCUUUGGAUUUCUGGAAAGAAAAACAGACUUUUUCACAGGAGCUGGGAAAGCAGAGGCAGAGAAAAUUGUGAUCAACAAGUUUAGAGAGCAUCUAAAAAAUGUUGAAGAGGUAUUUUGUUACAGUAAAUAGAAUAAUAAUUAUUAUAUACAGAUUCUAGUAAAUGGGCUGGGAUGGAGGACUUUUAUUUUAUUGAUUACUUAAAUGGUAAAUUUCAGUUUGACCAGUGUUAUGGGUGUUGGGGCGGAAGUGGGGUUUAGUGGUGAUAUACCUAGAGUUUGCACUACAAUAUAAGUAGGUUUAGAGAAAAUGCAUCCUAAGCCCAGCAACUUCAAAAUUUUAGUGGUCCCCCACAGUUACAUAAUUUGACUUACCUUGUUGGUACUUAAUUUUGUGAUUUUGGUGAGAAAGUAUUUUGCAGGUUAAUUAUUUUCGUGAUUUCAACAUGCAUGGAAAAAGGCAUUAAAUUUUGCAAUUUAAGUGUUUUCAACUACAUUUUAUUUUUGAAAGAGUGAAAGUUUUCAAAUUUCUAGUUAAACUGGACAAACAAUGUGUGAAAGCUUUACAAAUUAUUGUUAUCUUACUUACUGAAGAUACGAAACGUAGCUUAGAAGUAUUUAAAAUGAGUGAACAAGUUUUAUUGUUGGUUCAUAUCCUGUAUAUGUUGUUGCUAUUGCACAUUAAUAAUUCUUUCUGUGAUUUGAAUUUUCUAUAUGAGAAUUUAAUUUCACCUACUGGAAUUUUGCGAUGAUGUACUUUUGCAAGUCUAUUUUAACAAUUUUUUUACAGUCGCGAAAAAAAUUGAAUUAAAGAAUCGCGAAAUUAAGUGCCAAUAAGGUGAUUAGAUUAGCAGCUGCCUGCCAUACAGUACAUGUAUCUAUAUAUGUUUUAAUCCUCCAACAACCAUUUUUUAGGCUUCAAUUUAAGAUACAGAAACUGCCUUUUAGUUCAUCUUACUUGCCUUUUAUGCAGACCUCCUCUGCUUCUCUUCUCUGUAAAAUGUUUGUUGCUUGAACAUGAUCUUAUUCUGUGAGCUCUGGACAUUCAAUUUAAAUUUGAAGUAGUGAAGUGAAAUCUUUAGUAGAGAAGAAAUCUGGUACCAAAAAAAGUUAAAUUGAUCUUGCUAACUUUUAAACAUCCAUUCACGUCAUAUUGUAACUUAACAGAGGAAAGAAAAAGAAAGAAAAGAAGCUGAAGCAUUGAAAGCAGCAAAGGCUAAAAAAGAAGCUGAGAAAAAGGCUGAACCUAAGAUACAAGAAGUGACAGAAGAAGAAGCAGAAAGGAUAAAGAAAGAAGAAGAACAGAAAAAACAACAAGCAGAGAAAAAUACCAAAACAGAGGAUAAAAGUGACAACCAAGAUGAAAAGAAUGGAGAGGUUGGUAUAAAAUAUUUUAAGACAGCCACAUUUUAAAAAAAGCGCUUUAUUUGAGUGUCAAUGUGUUUAGAAUGGACCUCUAACUGGUGAUGGGACCACCAUUUUACUUUGUCAUCUGAGCCACACAAAGGUUUAGCCACUUACAGUGCAAAGGAAGAAGUAUCUUCAUCUCUGACCUUGAGUAUUAGUAUGGCCUUGGUAAUCGAACGCUAGACCUCCUGUUCUGCAGUCAAGACUAGUGCUCUACCAACUGAGCUAAUGUUCCUGCCGUGGUCAAAAAAAUUAUGUGCCACUGCAUUUCUAACUAAAGAAACAAAUUUUCUUUAUUUUCAAGACAUUUCAAAACAUACAAUGUAAGCUACAUGUAUCUCAGUUGGUGUUUUUAUUCUAAGUAUGAAAAUGAUAAGUGUACUUGUAUUUUUUUGAAAAAUCCCACAUUACUGACCAGAUUGAAGAUGAGAAGAGAAAAUUUAUGUCUUGUGAAGAAACAAGCACUGAGAAGGGCUUGUACAUAUAUGAUUAUAUUGUGUUAAAACAAUAGUUCUCCCUCUCAAAUUCUAGGGGCUUUGAUAUUUGGCUAAAGGCUCUGCUAGUUCUGUUACUAGAAAACUCAAGUUACUAUUUACCUCCAACAUUUUAAACUAACAAAGUAUCUUAUAAACAAACUGCAUGACAGCAGAAAUUUAGAAGGGUCAGAGACAGCCAUAAUAAUAAGAAGCCCUGUAAGUGACAUUAGAUUGUUGCUUACUGGUUAUUAUUGAAACUCUUGGGAUUUGGUUAGACUCAAAACUACUAUUUUUGAUCAUUAAUUGUUAAAGUGAUUUUAGACAGUUGACGACCGCUGAUGAUGAUAAUAGUGAGUUUAGGCAUCGAUGUUUUUGAGCCACACGCAUCAACCGUAAGUGAGCAUUUUUCCCUUUCAAUAAGCCUUGACGCUAUCAAAUUUGUAUUGCCUAGUGUCUUUACUCUUAUAGAGAUGACUUGCCUAAGAAUUUGUUCAAAAUCACAGCCAAAAAGUGCAAAAGUCCACUUACAGUUGACCUGUGUCACUCAAAAAUCUUGUUGCUUAAACUCCCUAAUAUAAAUGACUUAAAUAAUUAUAACAAUGUAUAACAGGCUUCCAAAGAUGAUGGCUCAGAUGAAGAAGAGGAUGAAGAUGCCAAAGGCAAAAUAAAACCAAAUUCAGGAAAUGGUGCUGAUCUUCCAAAUUAUAAAUGGAUCCAGGUAUGUUUUAGUCAAAUGCUGUGUACUAAAAUGCUCAAAAUUUCUACGGCAUACCCCAAGAAAUUUGGCAUAAGGUGUAACUCUCUGCUAGGCAACCAACCUUUCUUAACCUUUGGCAAUUAAAAGUGAAAUAAGAAUUGCAAAAACUUGUACAGUAGAAAGAGAUGAAUCUUAAUACAAACUAGGCCAAUUAGCUUGUCAGCAAAUUAAUGUGUCUACUUUCUCCAUUGAUUGACUGAAAAUGGUGGCAAAAAAAAAGAGAUGUAAUUUGCUAUGGCAACUGCCAUAGUUUGUCUGUAAGGGGUCAAGCAGCCACUUUUUUCCCUUCUGUUCUUCCAGGGUGGCCACUUAAUAGUGGUUAUUUUGCCAGUGCCAGUUAAUUUGCUGAAUUGGUACUUCGAAGACAAAAAAUGAGGGGCUUUAGGGUGAACUACAAGUUCAGUGUACAAGGUCUUAAACCAAAUUUGUGUACCUCAUAAAAAAUCUUUUUCAUGCAAUAUUCCCAUCCCAAACUUUUGAUUAUGUAACGUUAGGGAGUUAUAGUUUGGAAGAUGCAAUUGCCUCAUAGCCUGGGCCACAGACAAAAUUUAACCCCCGUUCUUAGCACUUGCAAAGCAGAUGAGAUCCUUGUUCUGGGCACCCAAUGGACUCAACAAAUGAGCAAGAGUGUGUUUCCAAUUUCCGCUCCACUUGAUCAAGGCAAGGCUAAUCAUGGUGUAUACUCAAAUCCUGGUACACAGGUGGGGGCCCAGAACAAGGAUUUUGGUGCUGUUUUGCAAACAGCCUUAACCAGAGUUAAGUUUCAUCUGUGGCGCAGAUUUACAUCACUCCAAAUUCUAAAGUCAUACUUGUACAGCUGUACUUCAAUUUAUCUACUUGUUUCUGAUCUAAAGAUGUCUUAUGAUUGAGCCAUGCCUACAAAUCAUGAUUCUGGUACCUUUAAAGGCAGUUUUUGAACAUUUUCCAAACAAGUAACCCCAUUAUUUUCAUAGGGUGGUAUGCUCAGGGUGGUGAUGGUGGUGGUGUAUGGGGGCUGGGUGAUACUACAUGUACUGUGUAGAAUACACAAAAGCCUUAUAAACAGAAUAUGGGGGUUAAACUAUGAACCUUUGUUUCUUCUUUAUUACAGACACUCCAAGAAGUAGAGGUGAGAUUUUUUAACAUUCCUGUUGAUUUAGGAUGCUUGUUUUGCUCAUUAAACCUAUUGUUUUCUUUUUACGUUGCUGCCACUGUCGUAGUUUCAUAAGGUCCCUAUUGCCCCUACUGUCAGCAUAAAGUGAUGUAUAUUUACUUAUGUUGAGCUUUUUGGUCCAUUGACGACUCAUUGGAUUAAGUGAUGAUCUAUCAAGCUGAUAAGAUCUGAUUAUGUUGGCUGGCUAAUUAUUUUAUGUUUUCAAAGGCAUUUUUACAGGUUUUGAAGCUUAGAUAUUUCAUCUUUUCUUUCAAGGUCCAAAUCCCAUUGAAUGUCAGUUUUAAAGUAAAAGGAAGGGAUGUGGUCGUGGAUAUACAACAAAAUGUAAGUAUGUUUUUAACUCAUUUGCUCAUUUGUUAGGAAAAUGUGCUAUAGAAAUAAAUUAUUUAUUAUCAUUAUUUAUUGCUCCUGAAACUUUUGGUGAAAAAUGCUGUUUGUACCUAGACGCUCUGUUUUCUGGUCAUUAUCUGGGCAGAAAAAAGUCAAAACUGCUCAAAACACUGUCUUCUAGUUGAGUACUAUGCUGUCUUCUUUACCAGUGACAAUCCUCUUUUACACUGCAAAAUGCCAACACCAGUGUGACUUUUUUGUAGACAUCUGUCACAGUCUGAAGUAUAAUGGACACCAAAUUUGAAGUUCUCAGUUUCAUUCAGAAUUUCCUUUGUUUCCUAGCCCUAUAUAAUUAUUACUCAAAUAGGACAAGAGAAAUUGUUGUUCAACUUGAGAGGAAACUUUACCUACAACAUACGUACCUGGGCUGUCACAAAGCGCUUCGGACCAGGAUUUCUCCCAGCUACUAUGAAUGUGACCCCUACCAGCUGCUUUCAUAGGAAACAAUAAGAAAAAGAACCAAGAGGACUUCCUAGUUAGUUACACACCCAGUAAUUAUUGCUUAUACAUAUAUAUGUACCUAGUAACUUCCCUUUGGUACUGUUUGGAAACAACCAUGCAAAAACUUCAAUUUUCAUGUUCAUUAUUCUAUAACCACAGCAAACUCCUUGUACAUGUAUGUCAAUAUAUCAUAAAACUGAAAAAGAAGGUUUUAUUUUGCAGCAUUUAAAAGUUGGGCUGAAAGGCCAUCCCCUCAUUAUUGAUGGAGAGCUUCCAAAGAAGGUAUGAUGUGGGGUUUUAAGCUUGUGAGGUCUUUAACCCUUAGCUUUAUGGUGGUACUGGAGGCUAACAUGACGACCUCUUCUACCAGCUUGAAGAUGGGAAGUGUGUAAAACUGCUUGUGAAGUUUCAGACCAGGUCGACCCUAUGUAACCAUGAUAUAAGCAAGUAAAGUUUAAUGUCUAGGACCAUUAUUUUUAGCUGGAAAAACUUGGUAAACUGGGAGCUACAUGUAUAAAUACAAAUUUGCUUUAGAAAAUUAUAUCCUGCAGCUGACAAAUUUGACAGUUUUUUUCCCCGAACUCUUCUCUUAUUUUUAAUUGCAUAUUUUAAGUUUAACAAUAAAUACAGGGGUAAGUGUUGGCAUUCAUUGACAUAACACCUUACUUUGUGUAGUUGGCUUCUCAUUUGUCUCCUCGGAAAGGGUACCCCUUGGAGCCAAAAUACCUCCCACAAUUGUUUCUUGGAUCAUUUACCCCUUUAAGUCCCAAUAGUGACCAACAUUAAUUUUCUCCUAACAAUAUCCAUACAUUGUCAAGAGAUUAGGUUAUGAGAAUUAAUGAAAUGAUCACCUGAGAGAAAAUGCUUUGAUCUUUUAUCAAAUUUUCUCAACUCAUUCUUUAAGGAAAUGUAUAGAGAUCAGUUUGGAGAAUUUAUAUGUGGAUACUGGGGCUUAAAGGGUUACUGAGGAUGCAUCAGUCUGCUAUUGGCCAAUUUUAUACCUGUUAAUCGUAAGAGUCCCUCAAGUCUUUGCAAAAGGCAACUUGGUCUAGUUUCCUUUUUGUUUCCUAAGUGGCCAAUAGAGAGGAGAAGUUGUUAUGUCACGUUGCCAUGGUAGCAAAAUUUCUGGUUAAAAAUGGUAAGAAUGUUACUUGAUACCUUGUUGCCCUCCACUGACUGACUAACAAUCUCUUUUAUUAGGUUAAAGUUGAAGAGUGCUCAUGGACAUUGCAGGACCAGAAGAUUGUGGUAGUUCAGUUAGAAAAAGUAUGUACUAUACUGGGCUCAAGUGUACAUUGUACAAGUUUUUAAUAUCGAGGUGAAGUGUUAUGUAAGUUAUCUGCUGACCAGUUGUUAGUUUUAAUUGAUUGCAGGCUCAGGUCCAUAUUGAAAAGGCGGUAUAAUAAAUAACUUAUUAACCUUGUCUGUUCAAUCAUCUUGGGGAAAUCUCAGGCCUCGGCCUUGAUGUAUCGCUAAAGAGUUGAAUCGUUAUUUUUGUGUGUGAUUAGAUAUGCAAAUUCAGUAAGUUGUCAAUGACUCUUUAGUUCCCAAUGGUCAGUCCUUUUGUAGUUGUGUACAUUUUUAAGCUUGCUUUUGCAUUAGGCAUUUAUAAAGGGCAAAGUGCUGGUUCUUGCCACGACAUCUUGACCGCUCAAUUCUGUUGCCCCACUGCAAACGUCUCGCACCCAGGGUAAAGCAGAUGUACCAGUUAUUAACAAUGAGUGGUAAUUUCUGUCAGGUUAAUAAAAUGGAAUGGUGGUCCAAACUAGUUUCAACAGAUCCAGAAAUGAACACAAAGAAAGUCCAACCAGAAAAUUCUAAGGUGAGUGGAAAUCCAAAGGAAGAGUGGGAUCGUAGGAUUGAUAUGGGCUGUGCUUUUAAAAGCUUUUUGUAUUCACAUUUCUUGGUAUUUGUUAAAAUUUUAAUCUUGGGUUUCAUCUUACAGCUGGGUGAUUUAGAUGAUGAAACAAGAGGGAUGGUUGAAAAAAUGAUGUUUGAUCAAAGACAGAAGGCUGUAAGUGUUGUAGAAUUUAAGUUAUUGAUCAGUUGUAAUUGCUGAUGAUUGAACAAACCUGUAAAUCUACCAGUUAGGCAAUGAAAAACCUGGGCUACAAGGCAUGGUGGAAUAAUUAAUAACAUGAACUAAUGUCAUUUUGCAUUGCCCAUACACAACAUUCAAAUGGUUUACUACUAGUGGCAAUAUAAUACUAGAAAUGCGUGUAUCGCAGGACCUCUGGAAGUUCGGGGGAGGCCCAUAAAAUGUCAGGGAUGGAAGGGGGAGAAAUGUGGAGUAAAUUGUGUCACUGGGGCGGGUGGGUUUCAACACUGGCGUUAAUGUGGGAAGGUGAGAUGUAGUGAAUCUCUUUUUUAAAUUUGAACCCAGUGCUCUGGUGUUAAAAAGGAUCUUCUGGUUGCUGUUGUUAAGGAAGGGUAGCCAAUGUUGCAUAGGUCCCGUGUAUAGUAUUAAUGAAAAACAACUAAAGUGUGUUUACUUUCCUACCCCUCCCCCCCUCAAGAAAACAGCCUUAAAUUAAUAAACCAGUGGCUUGAAUAGUAAUGGUGAUUAAGAAGGUGAUAUUGACAGUAUUGACUUAUGAUCUCGUUAAUGUUGACGAUGAUGGUGAUUAUUACGGUCGCCAGUGUCGCUAAUGAUGGUGACGGUAUUAAUGAUACUGUUGAGAGUGAUGAUAUUGAUAAUGAUGUUGAUGACAAUGAUGGUGUUGAUGAGAAUGAUGACGAUGCUGAUUAUGUAUUCCCUAGAUGCCCGUACUUAAAAAGCAUUUGGCAUACUACUUAUUAAGAUGACCCUUCACUUAUCUUCAUGCAAUGACAAUUUUUUCACAGAUGGGACUACCAACAUCAGAUGAACAGAAAAAACAGGAUAUUCUUAAAAAGUGAGUCUCCAUGUUUGUUACAAAAUUUUCAAACGGGGAGUGAAGAAAAAUCUUGUCCGAUGAAUUUCAUUUGGCUUUGUUCAGCGACAAAGAUCCUUACCACAAUCUGUUUUCAUCCAUAAGCAAUACCGUAUAAACCGUGCACAAUUAUUAGACUGGUGUCAGGUCGUUUCGCUUCAAAAUCUUUUCCUUACAUUAUAAAGUUGAUUUGCUGCAAAACAUAUUCUGUUCCACUGCAUCACAAAUAGAUUCCCCUUACAAUAAAAAAUAUUCAAGCUAAGACGCUUCAAUAAAUAAUAUGGAAAUGGAGAAUGCAGUGCAAAUAGACAACUGAAAUCAAUUUUAGAUUUAUGUGAUUCCAUAGAUUGAAGCUCUUCAUUUCGGUCUUGAGUGCAAACUCUGUAGUCUCAGACUUGAGAAGUUCAAUAGGGAGCUUAAGCAACGGUGUUUUUGAGCGACGGACGUCAACUGGAAGUGGACUUUUUGCGUCAUUGGGCAGUGGUUUGGUUGAAACUCUCUGAUAAAUCGUCUUUAUAAGAGAAAAGACACUUAGCAAUACAAAUUUGUUAGCGCCAAGGCAGAUAAAAAGGGAGAAGGCCUCACUUCCGGUUGACGUGCGUCGCUCAAAAACGUCCUUGCUUAAGCUCCCCAAUGUCGCGCACCGUAGGGGGCUUUCACGCAACUAACAAAACCAACGGCUCAUUUUGCAGCGCAGCUUCUUCGAUAUGCAACGAAACGACAUUGUAAUGAAACAACUCAGUGGUUACAUAAAAUUAGGGUGACGCAAAUCUACCAUUGCUCUGACAGUUGGCUCGGUUUUAUAGGCACGCCCAAAAUCAUAGAGUGCAAAUGCACUAAUUGCCAAUUAGUGUAUUUUUUAAAUUUCUUAUCUUCUUUUUUCUCAGAUUUAUGGAACAGCACCCUGAGAUGGACUUCUCGAAGGCGAAGUUUUCUUGAGAGAUGCAACGUGUGACAACCAAAAUGUGCUCUCCGUACAAGUUGCGCGAAAGAUGCUUCGUAGGAGUUUAGGUUACCUCGCAUCAGCAGAUUGAAGAUAAACAUUUCUUUGCGUUGCUAGCGGAAAGCACCUCGAACUGAAAUAACUAUAUUGUCUCCGUAUUUUUCAACUUUACUGUAUUUGUCAUUUCACAGUCGCAUUGUUAGUUGCUCCUGUAGCCUGCGUGGCAGGCGUUUGAAAGGGAAGGGGAAAGGGGUUUUGGGCGCGAGAGAAACGCGAAGGGCGCGCCAGGGAAGAGCGUUUCUCUCCCGCACAAAACC